AUGUCAAACUCGAGGCAAAUAGCCGGUAGCUUAAGAAACACUUCUUAUUCAAUUAUUAAAAAUAGCAUUAUGCAACGACAAAGAUGUUAUUCUUCAACUGUACCAGCUCACUCUACUAAUGAAAGACCAGAACCUGAUGCUCUUUUGAAAACUUUGGCUAAUUAUGUGCAUAACACAAAUAUCAAUUCGAAAGUUGCCUUUGAUACUGCAAAAUAUUGCUUUUUAGAUACUUUAGGUUGUGGCCUAGCAGCUUUGAAAUAUGAACAAGUUCGUAAUAUUAUCAAACCAAUUGUUCCAGGGACUACUGUUCCCAAUGGAACUAGAGUCAUAGGUACUAAUUUGCAAGUUGAUCCUGUCCAAGGUGCAUUCUCUAUUGGUACUAUCAUAAGAUGGUUAGACUUCAAUGAUUGCUGGCUAGCUGCAGAAUGGGGUCAUCCUUCUGAUAACUUAGGUGGGAUUUUAGCGGUAGCCGAUUAUCAAAGCCGACUAUAUAAUGCCACACAAGGGAAACAGGGUAAAUUGUUUACUGUUAAUGAUGUACUAGAAGCUCUUAUUAAAGCUCACGAGAUCCAAGGUGUCAUUGCUUUAGACAAUUCCUUUAAUAAAUUAGGUCUAGAUCAUGUUGUAUUGGUCAAGAUUGCAACCACGGCCGUCGUUUCGAAAAUGCUUGGGCUAACUGAAGCUCAAACCAUUGAAGCCAUCUCUCAAGCUUUCGUUGAUGGUCAAUCUUUACGUACAUACAGACAUUCACCAAAUACAGGUUCAAGAAAAUCUUGGGCUGCAGGUGAUGCUGUUUCUAAAGCUGUUAAUUUAGCAUAUAAGGUUAAGAAUGCAAAUGUAGGUACUAUUCCUUCUGUUUUGACAGCAAAGACAUGGGGGUUUUACGAUGUCUUAUGCCACGGCAAACCAUUUGAAUUCAAACAAAGAAAGGAAUUCAAUUCCUAUGUAAUGGAAAAUAUUUUGUUUAAAAUAUCAUUUCCAGCUGAAUUCCAUGCUCAAACAGCUGCAGAAGCUGCAAUUCAAGCUCAUACUAAAUUAAAAUCUAUUGGCAAGACAUACGCAGAUAUAAAAUCUGUAAGAAUCAGAACUCAAGAGGCAGCUGUUAGAAUCAUUGACAAAUCAGGUCCAUUAUAUAAUUAUGCUGAUAGAGAUCAUUGUAUUCAAUAUAUGACUGCUAUUCCAUUAAUAUACGGUGAAUUGACAUCGAACCAUUACCAAGAUAAGAUUGCUGAAAAUCCUGCUAUCGAUAAUUUAAGAUCAAAGAUGUUCUGUGUCGAAGAUAAGCAAUUUAGCCAAGAUUAUAUGGACCCAGAAAAGAGAUCUAUUGCAAAUGCUCUAUUAAUUGAAUUAAACGAUGGAACAACUUUAGAUGAAAUUGUUGUUGAAUACCCAAUUGGCCAUCAUAGAAGAAGAGAUGAAGGUAUCCCAUUAUUAAAGGAUAAGUUUGCACGCCAUUUGAAUGAACACUUUGUUAAUCAACCAAAUCAAGCUAAGAAGAUAUUGGAGAUUUCAGAAGACUCUUCCUUCACUACGAAGCCAAUUAAUGAAUUUGUUGAUGAAUUUUGCAAAUGA